AAUUGAACAAUGAGCUUUUUAUUUAGCUGGGUUUGUCCCUGGUGCUGAUUCAUGCAGGCUGGUUAAAAUCCCUUGUACCAGAUCAUUUAUUUAUCCCUGGAAACUGUGCUGUCAAAUGAGAACAUAUUCUCAAACUGAAUAGCGGUGUGUGCUCUGACCCAUAUUAUUCCUGGCUGUAUGCGAGCUUAACUGUCUGAUGUUGCCAGGCAUUUUAAUAGAGGUGAGAAGGGCUGAGUUACAGGCUAGGUGCACAUCAGCUCUGCUGUGUUUGCACCUGCUGAGAAGCCCUUUGCCUUUGCUGGCACCUUUGCUGGCUGCUCAUGGGUAUUCCGGUGGCAAAGAUGACUGCCACUCAGUUUUUCACCUGAUUUCCCCACCCAAAUUUAGCUGAUUUCCCCACCAAAUGUAGUUGUGCAGUGCAAAGAUGCUGUACUGUCUUAUGUUCACUUGUGCUGACCACAGGUGCAGUAAGCAGGACCUGCCAGGCUCUGUGAUCUGCUGGAAGAGAGAGAAGAAAGGAGCAAAAUGUUGUGAUGCUGUGAGCAUGGAGAAGAAGCUACAGCAAUGGCUUAGGGUGGAGGUGCCACAAGUUGGAAGGGAAACCAGUGCUCCUGUCCCAGUGAAUACUUCAUUUUACUGGCCCUUGCGAUGCAAGGGAUUGAAGGACUGCAGAGCUGGGCAGUUUUGGGUCAAAUCUUGGAAGAAAAAUGAGCGAGUGGUGAAACACUGGAGUUUAACAGCAAGCAGGCCCAAAGACAACGAUGGAGUGCCAGAAAUUCAUCAAGUUUGGGAACCAGCUUCUUCGCCGGAAAAAUGUGGACUGCACUCGAGAAGACAGCCGGCUCUCGCGGUGCCUCAACACCUUUGACUUGGUGGCCCUUGGUGUGGGCAGCACUCUGGGGGCAGGUGUCUAUGUACUGGCUGGGGCUGUGGCACGAGUGAAUGCAGGACCUGCCAUUGUCAUCUCCUUCUUGAUUGCUGCCUUGGCUUCUGUGCUGGCUGGACUCUGCUAUGGAGAAUUUGGUGCUCGCGUUCCUAAGACGGGAUCAGCUUAUCUGUACAGCUAUGUGACUGUUGGCGAGCUGUGGGCCUUCAUCACGGGGUGGAAUUUAAUCCUCUCCUAUGUUAUCGGAACCUCCAGUGUGGCCAGAGCCUGGAGUGCCACGUUUGAUGAAAUCAUAGGUGGGCACAUUGAAGACUUUUGUGAAAGAUACAUGACAAUGAACGCUCCAGGAGUGCUAGCAAAAUACCCAGACAUCUUCGCUGUGGUGAUAAUCAUCAUCUUAACAGGGCUUUUAACCUUUGGUGUGAAGGAAUCUGCCCUGGUGAACAAAGUGUUCACCUGCAUCAACAUCCUCGUCAUCGGCUUUGUCGUGGUCUCUGGCUUCGUGAAAGGAUCUGUGAAAAACUGGCACUUGACUGAACAGGACAUUUACAAUACCAGCCAUGGCACUCAUGGAGACAAUCAAACACAGGGAGAAAAGCUGUAUGGUGUUGGAGGGUUUAUGCCUUAUGGAUUGAAAGGAGUCCUCUCAGGGGCAGCCACAUGUUUUUAUGCUUUCGUGGGAUUUGACUGUAUUGCUACAACAGGUGAGGAGGUGAAAAACCCUCAGAAGGCCAUUCCUAUUGGCAUUGUGGCAUCUCUGCUCAUCUGCUUUGUGGCUUAUUUUGGUGUGUCAGCUGCCCUGACACUCAUGAUGCCUUACUACCAGCUGGAUACCAAUAGCCCAUUACCCAAUGCCUUUAAGUAUGUGGGUUGGGAUGGAGCCAAUUAUGCAGUGGCAGUUGGUUCCCUAUGUGCACUUUCUACGAGUCUCCUUGGCUCCAUGUUUCCAAUGCCUCGAAUAAUUUAUGCCAUGGCAGAAGAUGGACUUCUCUUUAAAUUUUUGGCAAAAGUCAAUGAGAAGAGGAAAACUCCAAUAAUUGCUACAGUGACAUCAGGAGCUGUUGCAGCUAUUAUGGCCUUUCUCUUCGACUUGAAAGACCUUGUGGAUCUCAUGUCUAUUGGGACCCUCCUGGCUUACUCGUUGGUGGCAGCCUGCGUAUUGGUAUUGAGGUAUCAGCCAGAGCAGCCUAAUUUGGCGUACCAGAUGGCUCGAACAACGGAGGAGACAGAUAACAAUGAGUCUGUGAGCACGAGUGAGUCUCAGACAGGAUUUCUGCCAGAGGAAGAGGAGAAAUGUUCCCUCAAAGCCAUACUGUGUCCCCCAAAUUCAGACCCUUCCAAGUUCUCUGGCUUGGUGGUGAACAUCUCCACCUGCAUCAUUGGUUUCCUUAUCGUGGGCAGCUGCGUCUUGACUGCCCUCGAGCCAAGCACGCUGAUAAAGGCAGUAUGGAUUAUUGCUGCAAUCCUUGUUCUUAUUAUCAGCUUCAUUGUAUGGAAACAACCUGAAAGCAAAACUAAGCUUUCCUUUAAGGUACCUCUUCUGCCCCUUCUUCCUAUCGUGAGUAUUUUUGUGAAUGUUUACCUCAUGAUGCAGCUAGACCUAGGCACGUGGAUAAGGUUUGCAGUCUGGAUGCUCAUAGGCUUUAUCAUCUACUUUUCCUACGGAAUAUGGCACAGCGUGGAGGCUGCGUACGCAGCAUCAGCAGACACAGAGAGAAGCAUGGACACUGCCUCAGACAGCUGCAAAUGACCACGUGUGUGGCUCGUGGGCGACCGGGGACCGCUGCAGCGAAGGCAGCUGUGCCAUGGGGCUCCUGAAGUGUUGCAUAUGGUUAAUCAGUACUGCAGCAAGAAAGAAGCACAGUGUGGGAAUCCCCAGGCCUGUUGCUGCAGCUUGCAGUUUGCUUAGUCGCGCAGUUAAAAGGGAUCACAAGGAAAAAAAGCUGCUCCCAGCAAUGCUGUUAGCUGGUCUGGGGCCAUGCACUCUCCCUCCUCCC